GGGAGGAGGAGGAGGAGGAGCAGCAGCAGCGAGAGGAUCGCAUCAGCUUCAGCAGCAAGAAGCAAUGCCGCACCGCGGAGCAGGAUUCUGGUUCCAGUCCCAGAACAAACCCAGCGGAGCGGCUCUUACUCUCUUGCUGACAGCUUUUUUCUUACACCCUGCUGCUGGCGUAGACGGAAUGAUUAAAGGGAAGACAAAGUACAUCAUCAAAUAUAUUAGCAAUAGCAUUAAGGCUACUGAGAAAAAUGUGUACACAAUUCUCUCUAAGGUGCACUCUGAACGAAAUGUUUAUCCUUCUGCUGGAGUUCUCUUUGUUCAUGUUUUGGAGAGAGAAUAUUUUAAGGGAGAGUUUCCUCCUUAUUCAAAGCAUGGUGAGAUAAAUAAUGAUCCCAUAACAUUUAAUACAAACCUAAUGGGUUACCCUGAUAGACCUGGCUGGUUGCGCUACAUCCAAAGAACACCAUAUAGUGAUGGUGUGCUCUAUGGGUCACCAACUGUAGAAAACAUGGGCAAGCCAACUAUAAUUGAGAUUACUGCUUAUAACAGACGUACCUUUGAGACAGCAAGACAUAAUUUAAUUAUUAAUAUAAUGUCAGCAGAAGAUCUUCUUUUGCCAUAUCAAGCAGAAUUCUUUAUUAAAAACAUGAAUGUAGAGGAAAUGUUGGCCAGUGAGGUUCUUGGAGACUUCCUUGGAGCCGUGAAAAACGUAUGGCAGCCUGAGCGCCUGAAUGCCAUAAACAUCACAUCUGCUCUUGAUAGGGGAGGCAGAGUGCCCCUUCCUAUUAAUGACAUGAAAGAAGGUGUCUAUGUUAUGGUUGGUGCAGAUGUUACAUUCUCCUCCUGCUUACGGGAAGUAGAAAACCCACAAAAUCAGCUGAGAUGCAGUCAAGAAAUGGAACCUAUAAUAACUUGUGAUAAAAAGUUUCGUACUCAGUUUCACAUAGACUGGUGUAAAAUUUCUUUGGUUGAUAAAACACAGCAAAUUUCUACUUAUCAAGAAGUGAUCCGUGGAGAAGGCAUAUUACCAGAUGGUGGUGAAUAUAAGCCACCUUCUAAGAAUCUGAAAAGCAGAGAUUAUUAUUCAGACUUCCUCAUUACUUUGGCAGUUCCCUCUGCAGUUGCCCUGGUGCUUUUUCUAAUACUUGCUUAUAUUAUGUGCUGCCGGCGGGAAGGAGUGGAAAAGAGAAACAUGCAAACACCAGAUAUUCAGCUGGUCCAUCACAGUGCAAUUCAGAAAUCCACAAAAGAACUUCGGGAGAUGGCAAAAAACAGAGAGAUAGCAUGGCCACUCUCAACACUUCCUGUUUUUCACCCAGUCACUGGUGAGAUUGUACCACCUGUUCACCCAGACAAUUAUGACAAUACUAGCAUGCCGCUGAUGCAAACACAACAGAACCUGCCUCAUCAGACUCAGAUUCCUCAGCAGCAAACAGAAGGUAAAUGGUAUCCCUGAGGAAAGAAAAUUUACAGAAGCAAUUAAUUUGUAAUUAAAUCAAACUCCAAUACAAGAUUUCAUUUCCUUAUUUGCUCUAUUGACACAUGAAUGUUUCUAAUGCAUGCCUAAGAGAAUAUUCUGAUGUCAAAUAAUAUCAUUUCCAUAUUGUUACAUGUACUGUAUCUUUUUAUACUGGGUAUUUUCAACAAAUUUGUAAAAUACUAAUUUUCGUAUGUUAAUUAAAUCAUUUAUACAGUACUCAGCUAUUAUUUCAACUAGAUAAUUGUUAAAGUAUUCUUCUUUUAUACUAUGUUAACAAUGUUCAGUAUUCAUGUUAAGGUUUUGUUUUGUUAGAAAACUAAAAAGUGAAGUUAAAGCAUGUUGCAUUUUAAUUUAAUGCAGUCAUUUUGCAGGACGUUUUUAACUAGCAUAAUUCUUUUUCUGCCAUGUUUCGUAUAUAGAAAUUGUUAAAUCAGAAAGUUACCAAUACUAGAUAUUGCUAAUUAAGAAUAUAUUCUAUUCUUAGCACUAAUCUUGAUUUCCUCUGUACUAUUAUUCCAUACUGUAUUUUUAGAAUGAAAAUGCAUUUAGCAUUAUUUUUCAUUACUCCAGCUACAUCUAGUUUUAAUAAAGUUUUUAAAUUGCAAUUU